AUGUCAGAGAAUGAACAAAAACAGUCACAACAAGAGUUAAAAACAAAACCAACUAGUUUUACAAAUAAUAAUUUUUCAAAAGGUGAGGAAGUCUCAAUUAGAAUAGGUACAGGUAUUAAUAUUGCAGGUAAAGCAUGGGGCCCAAAAGAUUCAAAUAAAAAGAUUUUGGCAUUACAUGGUUGGUUAGAUAAUGCAAAUACUUUUGACUUUUUAGCACCAGUAAUGGCAGAUCAAGGUUAUAGAAUUAUUUGUAUUGAUUUUAUUGGUCAUGGUUUAUCACCACAUAAACCAUCAUGGUGUAAUUUAUACUAUACUGAUUAUAUUACUCAAGUUUUAGAUGUUGCUGAAGCACUUCAAUGGAAAACUUUUACCAUUAUGGGUCAUAGUAUGGGAGCAGGUAUUGCAUCUAUUUUAGCAGCAACCAUGUCACAUUUAGUUGAGAGAAUUAUAUGUUUAGAUUUUAUAGGUAUACUUUCAAAAGAAGUUGAUCAAGUUAAAGCAAUUCAAUUUGCAAUGCAAACUCGUUCAUCAAUUAACCAAAGAAAACCAAAUCUUUAUUCAAAUAAACAGGAUAUCUUUGAUAAGUUAAAAUCAAAUAAUCCAUGGAUUGCAGAUAACGCAGCUAAUCGUCUUUUAGAGAGAUCCAUUGAAUCCGUAAUUUCAAAUGAUGGUGAGCAAAUGUAUAAACUUCGUCAUGAUCCACGUCUAGUUGGUCCAUCCAUUUUCAUCAUGAGAGAAGCCGAGGUAUUGCUUAUGUUGGAUGAAAUUAAAUGCCCAGUCUUGGUAUGUUGGGCAGAUGUAACCAAACAACAAAUGCUUAUCAAUCGUAACUGGACCCAAGUUAUGGAAACAAGAAUGAAGCAUAUUAAAAAUUUAUCACAGGUUAUAGUCAAGGGUAGUCAUCAUUUCCACAUGGAAAACAUUGAUGCUUUCUCAUCAAACAUUUUAGAGUUUUUAGAAAAGGAUCAAGAUAUUUCAUCUUUUGAACCACAAACAAAUGCACCAAAUCAAAAGGAACAACAACAACUUCAAAAACCAGAUAACCACAAUCAAAUUGUUGAAAAGUCAAGUCCACAAUUAGAAGGUAAUAAUACAAGUGCAAAUACAGAAGGUCAUCAAUAUUCAAAAUUGUAA